GGGUUUUCACAUACCCGACCGGGUUUGCACUUGAUACUUAAAAGAAUUUGAAGAUGCUAUUUGGAAGAGAAAGUUGCCACACGCACCCGGCCGGGUUUCCACAUACCCGGCCGGGUGAGCCUCUCAUACUCGGGCGGGUUUUCACAUACCCGGCCGGGUGAGCCUCUCAUACUCGGGCGGGUUUCCACAUACCCGGCCGGGUGAGACUCUCAUACCCGGGCGGGUCUCCACAUACCCAGCCAGGCUUCCAUUGAAGAUUAAAAUGCUUUCCUGCGUACCCGGGCGGGUUUCCACAUACCCCGCCGGGUCAAGCAGUUAUUUUUUUUUUGUAACUUCCCAUAUCCUCCGAUCUCUUUUAAGGGGAUAUAAAUAGCUUUUGAGAGGAAUUUUUGAGUAAGUUUUUUCUCUGUUUUUGAGGGUUCAGUAUUGAAAAGAUUUAACACAUUACUUGUCAUGGGGGAUUGUUAAUCAACACUUGAACAUUGUAAUCUUAAUUAUAUUGAAGGUAUUAGUUUCAAUUCUAAUUUCUUAUUCUUGUUUAUCGUAGUUAUCUUUAAAUGUUUGUUUCUACAUUUAAUUUGAAUUUGAUUUUCUCCAUGGAUUUUAUUGUUGAAUCUCUUGUUAGUUUUAAUAUGCUUAAUGAGUAGUUUUAUUUCUAGGGCUUGGUGAAACUAUGCAAAAGGUCAUGAUUCUUGUUUGAUUUUAGGAUUUAAAUUUGGUUUGUCUAGGCGAUUCAAUUGAUGGGAUUUGUAUUCAUUGCAUGUUUGGCCAAUUUGCAACUUUUAUUCGCUCAAUUCUAUAAGCGAGAGUUGCGAGUUUGAGUGAACGAUUUCCUUCUUUGAACAAUUAAGCUUUAAUCGCGAUAGCUUGUUUUAUUGUUUGAUUGUCGAAUUUGUUUGCGAGAGCAACAUCUUCCUUCGCCUAUAUUCAUUCCUAUCCCAAUUAUUGUUCAUGAAUCAUGAUCGAUGCAUAGUGAAUCCUUUUAGCCCUAGGUUUUUAAUUAUUGAAUUUUAUUCAUCUCUUGUUUUUGCGUUCUACUUAGAUAAACAAAAAUCCAACAUUUGAUCGUUAGCAAUAGUGAACUUGGUUCAAAUUGUGACUUUAUUUGUCCUUCCACAGUGGUUCGACCCUACUUUCCCAACUAUACUAGUUAGGUGAAUUAGGAAUUAUUUUUGGUAGUAAAACGACCUAUCAAAAUUUGGCGCCGUUGCCGGGGAAGGUCAACAAUUUUACUUUUUGAAUUUAGUGUUUGCUUUUGCUAACCCACUCAAGGAACAACUGUUCUUCGAGCGUAUUUACGUUUGUUCUAGUGUUUUUGUGCAUGACCAGGAGUACCAACAAGCAACAUUUGCUUUUUGAUCCUGAGGUUGAGGCAACUGCUCGUAGAACACACGCAAGUACGAAGAAAAGGAGGGCGGAGGCUCGUAAACAAGCUCAACAAGCCUCUCAAUCUCUUGACAUGGCAGGUCAGGCUCCCGAGAGAACUCUUAGGCAGUGUACACAGCCCAAGGCUAGCAAUGUUACCGCGGGGAUUAGGAUGCCGACUACUAAUGCUGGAAACUUUGACAUCAAAUCCCAUGUUAUGAAUAUGAUCACGGGAAAUCAGUUCUAUGGUCUUGACAAUGAAGAACCCGUCGAUCAUCUACAGAAAUUCCUUCAAGCAUGUUCUCUACAAAAGAUUACUGGGAUGACUGACGACGAGCUCUACUUGUACCUCUUUCGUUUCUCUUUGGCAGGCAAGGCUCAACGUUGGUAUAACUCUCUUCCCAACACCAUUACUACUUGGGCGCAACUGUCUGAUGCUUUUCUAGUGAAGUAUUAUCCCGGUUAUAAGACUCAUGACUACAGAAUUAAACUCUAUAGUUUCUCACAAGAUGCGGGGGAGACUUUUCAUGAUGCGUGGGAGAGAUUCAAAGAUUACCAAUAUAUGUGCCCUCAUCACGGUAUUGAGAAGGAAUUUCUUAUGCAAUCUUUUUAUAAUGGUUUUGAUAAUGAGACUAAGAGGAUGGUAGAUGGUGCGGCUGGCGGCUCUUUCAUGAACAAACAAACUUCUAAGGCUAUUUCACUCUUGGAUACUCUUGCUGAAAAUCAAUGGAAUAGCUCAUCUAGGCGCGCAGCUCAAGCACCAAGGAAGGGGAAGCAUGAAGUUGAAACUUAUUCCCUUCUAUCAUCACAAAUCUCAGCUUUGAAUGCGAAAAUCGAUGGGAUGCGCAUGAAUGCUAGUACAUCUAUGCCCGUCAAUGCUAUGGCUACCUCUAGCCAAGGUGGAGUUGCUUGUGAUUAUUGCGGUAUGCAUGGUCAUUCUCUAAUGGAGUGUUCUGUUAAUCCUAAUGGAGCUAUGGGAGUGCCAGAGCAAGUUAAUGCUUUUCAAGCUCGUCCUCCUUUCAAUAACAAUAGCUACUAUCCUGGAAUUCGGAAUCAUCCUAACUUGUCAUAUCGCAGCAACAAUGUGUUAAAUCCUCAACAGCAACACUUUCCACCACAAGCACCACAACAACAAUAUGGGCAACAUCAGCAAUUUCAGCCCAAUCAAGGACCACCCGGUUUCCAAAGGCCUCCUCAAGGCCAUCAACAGCAGCAGUUUCAGAACCAACAACUCCAAUCCGAAUUGGGGGAAUUGAAAAACAUGAUGGCCCAAAUGGCCAAACAGCUUGAGCAACUCGGUACUCACAAUAAAAUGCUUGAAACUCAAGUCGCUCAAUUAGCUGCAUCUAGCUCCUCUAGGCAAGCAGGAGCAUUGCCCGGCCAACCUACUCAACCACAUGGCAAGGAGACCGUCAAUGCAAUCACUACAAGGAGCGGGUUGAGUUAUGAUGAGCCACCCAUGCCUCACAAUGGAGAGUCAAAUUCGAAAGAUGCGGGCAUUUCUGAAGCGAUUACCGAUGAAGCAUCUUUUGAGGCAGUGCACAAGAAGGAGAAAGCGAAAGAAGAGGCAUUGCAAGUGCCUCCCAUCACACUUCCUUUUCCCAACCGCCAAGUGAAGAGCAAGCUUGACAAGCAGUUCGGUAAGUUCUUGGAGGUGGUUAAGAAUUUGCAGGUAACAGUUCCUUUUACUGAAUUAAUCACACAAGUGCCUGCUUAUGCUAAAUUCAUGAAGGACAUAUUGACUAGGAAAAGAGAUUUUAGUGAGGUGGAUACAGUUGCUUUUACUGAACAAUGUAGUGCUUUGCUACAAAAUAAAUCCCCUCCAAAACUGAAAGAUCCUAGUAGUUUCUCCAUCCCUUGUCACAUUGGAAAACUGUUUAUUGAUAAAGCUUUAUGUGAUUUAGGAGCUAGUGUUAGUGUGAUGCCUUUUUCUGUCUGUUCUAAACUGAAAAUGGGUGAUCUAAAAGUUACUAAUAUUACUCUACAAAUGGCUGACCGUUCUGUUAAAUAUCCUUUGGGUAUUUUGGAGGAUGUCCCUGUUAGGGUAGGUAAGUUUUAUAUCCCUGUUGAUUUUGUUGUUCUUGAUAUGGAGGAAGAUCAACAAAUUCCUAUUAUAUUAGGAAGACCUUUCCUUCAUACGGCAGGAGCAGUAAUUGAUGUGAAAAAUGGUAGACUUACACUUUCUGUGGGGGAUGACAAUGUAACUUUCAAUUUGAGCAAUGCUUUGAAAGGUCCCAUGCUUGAGGAAAAAUGCUAUGUUAUUGAUGUAGUUGAUGUGAUUUGUCAUGAUAACUUGCCCCUAACUCUUAUGAAAGAUCCUUUGGAGGCUGUUCUUUGUCUUGAAUCUUCUACAGGUGAUUCUAGCAUUUGGAAGACUGAAAUUGAUGCUAUUGAACAAGCUCUUUGUAAUGAAGAGCUUAGUCACAGCAAGAGCAAGAGAGUGCAGAGGUUAGUUCGACCUAUAUGCAAAGUUGAGAUGCUUGAAAGGAUGAUGACGAUGAUGAUGAGCAGCAGCAUAAUGACUUUAACCCCAUGGGUUAGUGGGCUCUUGCCCCCCUCUCAAACUCUGUGGACAGUGCUUGAUUUGGCUUGGGGGGGGGGGGAGUCUUGAUUGUUGCUUUAGCUUACUCUCUUGUAUAUAUUCCACCGCUUUUAGUGUAGUUGUUUUGGUCGGAGUUGGUUGUUUCUCUCCUUUUGCAGGUUCUUUUGCAAGUCGCGCUUUGGAUAACGUGAUGAAUUUUUGUGCUUCAGCUUGCAUUAUGAAGUUAAUUAUUGAGAUCUUCCCAACUCUUUUCAUAAUUUAGCUUUGAGUGUUUUUAUUGCUUUCUUAGGAUUGUUACAUGGUUUGUACCACUCAUUAGGAGUGGGAGUUUACAUGUGACCAAAAAUAUUGUAUUGCUUUCUUAGUUGUAAUGUAUUUCUUUCUCCCUUGAUGCCCCUUUGGAUUUUUUUGACAAAGUAUGUUUCCCUGUGCCCUAUGGUUGAAAUUUUGAACACUUGUGAUUGCUGAGACCGGUUAUUGUAGACUUUUGGGUUCUUUUUCCGAUUCCUUCGUAUUAUUGAAACUUGUGUUUUUGAGCAUUAUUAUCUAUUGUUUGGAACAAGAAAGAGUUUACCUUGUAAGGAUUUGGACUUUGAUUUCUAUCUCACUAUUUUCUUCUUGAGCGAUUAGUUCCUGGUGUAUCACUGAUCUCCAUUUAUGCUUGGUACUGGUCUUGUUAGCUAUGUAAUUGCAUGAUGAGCAUGAUAGAAGGCGCUCAUUUGCUAGAAGCCGUGCAAAAUUGUUUUCAAAGUCAUGAUUUGCCAUUUGAUCCUUUAUUUUAAGCCCUACAUUUUCUUUCAUAACUAACCGCAUUAUAAACCUUUUGACCCUAUUUGAUCAACCCAAAUCUAGCUUGGGGGAGCAAUUGGUUAGUUAGUGGGCGGUAUAUAUUCUGUCAUCUGGCUCACAU